GUUUUUCAAUUCAAAAAUCAACAAAGAAAAUCCGGCAGAUUCUGGAUGAAAUCUGUCAGGAUCUUGCUUUCCAAACUGUCAGAUUUCCUAGGAGGAUUUUAAUAUCUUUUUGAAUAAGAUGUGCAACCCUUUUAAAAUGUGACAUAUUUUCAUUCUCAUUCAUCUUUAUCUUUAUCUUCACCCCCUUCUAUUCUAUUUCUCUUCUUUGUGUGCAAUAUUAUUUUUCUUCAAACAUACUUUUGACUUUCAAAAUUUAUUAUUAUUCAAGUUAUUAUGGUGAUAUCUUCAGAGGCACAGUUUCAUGUUUUGGCGGUUGAUGAUAGUAUUAUUGAUAGAAUAUUGAUUGAGAGGCUCCUCAAAACCUCUUCAUUUCAUGUUACUGUAGUGGAUUCUGGUAGCAAGGCUUUGAAGUUUCUUGGUUUGGUUGAAGAUGAAGUGAGGAAUGAAAAGCCUCUCACUAUUGCUUCAGAAACUCAUCAGGUUGUAGAAGUUAAUUUGAUCAUAACUGAUUAUUGCAUGCCAGGAAUGACAGGCUAUGAUCUGCUUAGAAAGAUCAAGGAAUCUAAUUCUCUUAAAGACAUUCCAGUUGUGAUUAUGUCAUCAGAAAAUGUUCCAUCAAGGAUCAACAGAUGCUUAGAAGAAGGAGCUGAAGAAUUUUUUCUGAAACCAGUUCAACAAUCAGAUGUAAACAAGCUCAAACCACAUUUGUUGAAAUCCAAAAUUAAGAAUGAGAACGAGCAAAUCAACAGCAAAAGGAAGGAUACAUAACAAUGCCAUUCGAAUAAAAAUAAAGAAGGCAAAAAAUGUAGCCUAUAGAAGUACUUCUAGUCAAAAUUGAUGAUACAUAGAUAGUAUCUAACAAAAUUAGUGAUGAAAUAUGAAGUUUAGGGCAAUUAUACUAGGUUAACAGAAAAGGGAGAAUUUCAUUCAAUUUUUUGUUGACAAAUGGUACUUUGUUUUAGAUAAUGUUUAUCUUUGUGUUGUGUCAUAUGAUUGACAUUCAAAUGUGAAACAAGAGAUUUUUCUCUUUCUUGUCUAAUUAUUUUGAUAGAAGGCCAUUAACACGUAAAGGUUUAUUACAAUGUGAA